GGAGGAGGAAGAGGAGGAGGACCAGGAUCUGACAAAAGAGGAGGUGCAGAGGGAGGUCAUGAGGCCCAAGAGUCUGCCUAGCCACAUGGACCGGAGGGGCAGCUACUUUAAGCUGGUGGAGUCGUUUGCCUCAGAGCUGGGUGAACUGGAGCAGGAGCUGGGGCAGCUGCGGCCAGCACCGGGCGGCACAUCGGACUCAGAUGGACACAUCCUCCUGCAGGGGCUGGAUGGGCUAGUGGGGGAGAUGAGUGGAGUCUACCUGCAGCAGCCCCCCUUCCAGGCCCGGCGGGGCCAAGAGGAUUGUGGGUAUGAGUGGCUGGCCCGGCACAUGAGCGUACUGGACAGACUGACCACCACACAUCCCAUAUGGCUGCUGCUGUCGCUUAGCGACCAAGAGGUCACCCGCAUCCUUCUGCAGCAGUCACCUGGGGCGUUCCUGGUGAGGAGGUCGUGUAAACUGCAGAGGAAGGUGCUCUCAAUGCGCGUGGACGACUCCUGCGGUCAGCCCAUCUGUGAUUACCCUGUGAAGGAGAACCAGUACACAUUCUCUCUGGAAGGUUCCGGAAUCAGCUUUGCUGAUCUGUUCCGUCUGGUGGCCUUCUACUGCAUCAGCAGGGAUGUGUUGCCCUUUACCCUGAAGCUUCCGGAAGCGGUGGCCAUGGCGAAGAGCCAGGCGGAGCUGGAGGAGGCGGCCCAGUUAGGGGCAGGCUUUUGGGACUCUGGUCCAAACAGCAACAGACGAACCUCUUCCUCCUCCUCCUCCUCCUCCUCCUCCCCGCCCCGUCGCCUCUCUCAGGGCCGAAGGCUCAGCCCUCAGCGCUGCGUAGCUCCAGCGGAGGAAGGGAGCUCUCGCUCUUCGCCGGCCCGCCAAGAGUCUCCUCUGGCUGGGUCCCCUCCCCACCACCAGCACCACCACCAGCACCACCAGCCCCUGGACAGGAGCCAGUCCAACAGCGUCGCGCUGUGCUUCAUCAACCCUCUCUUCCUGCAGACCCACCGGCCUCUCCAGCCGGACGCUUGGACCUCCGAGUGCCCCUCGAGUCCGGGCGGACCGAACUCUAGCGGGAAGCCUCGGGUGCCCCCGCCUCCGAGACCACCCCCUCCGCGGUCGUGGGCCCCGAGACCCCGAGCCUCUACGGCGCCCGUCCCCGUGCAAAGGACUAUGCUCCAGACCGCCAGCCUUUUCCCUAGCAUCGCCACCUCCACCUCCGCCACCUCCACCUCCGCGCCCGCGGGGCGCCAGCAGUCCCCCGAGAGGCCUCCGCCCGCCUGGCACAUGGGCACCGGCCACAGCCAGAGCAAGAGUGGCGGCGGCGGCGCCCCCAAGAAGAAGCCCGGCCUGCCCGUCCCCGUGCCCCGGCUGCAGCCCAAGAAGAAGCUGCCCGACGCCGACGCGCACCACUGCCACAUCGCCCUGGACGACGAGACCAUCGCCAAGGCGUUGGCGCAGACCAAGCUGCCCCACCACAGGGGGCCCGUGCUGUCGCUCUCGCCGCCGCCCUCCGCAGGAGGAGGAGGGGAUGGCGGUCAAGGACACGGUCGCUCUAGCAGUCCGAGUCCGAGCUCCAGCCCCCGCCGGAUGCCCGCUCAGCAGCUGCCGGCGCCGUGCCACGCGGGCAGAGAGCAGCGCCUCAGCUGCCUGAGCUUCUCCACCACCUCCUCGUCCUCGGCCUCGUCCGCCGGCUCCCAGGGCGGGGGGGGCCUCUCCCCCGGCAACCGUCACCGCGGCGGCCUCCAGCGUUCGCCUGUGCUCCGGGGCCGAGGGGUCGCCCACGUGGCGGAGCACAGCAGCGAGGACGACGAGGAUGACGAGGAAGACGAGGAAGACGAGGAAGACGAGGACGACGACGACGAAGAGUACGACGACGACGACGACAACUACGGCGCGGGGCUGGAGCAGGACCUGCAGCUGCGUCUCCAGGCGCCGUACCGCUACCGAAGACGCCUGGCGCUGCCCGGCUGCAGCGGUCGUGCCCGCGGUGCCGCCCGCUCCCCCCCGGGCCCCCCGGCCGCCCUGCUCAUCCUCCCGCGCGCCCUCAAGGGCCAGCUCCGCAAGGUGAGCGGCCUGCUGGGGGCGCUGGGCACCACUCCCGAGCGCCGGGCCGUGCGGCGCGUGGCCGAGCUCGCCCGCGACAAGGGCUCCUACUUCGGCUGCCUGGUGCAGGACUACGUCAGCUUCAUGCUGGAGAACGGCGGUGGGGCGGCGGGCGGGCUGCACACCUCCGCCCUGGACCUGCUGCAGACGCUCCGCCACUUCAUCACGCAGAUGAAGGCCUACCUGGUGCACAGCUCCGAGCUGCAGCCGCCCAUCGAGUCCUUCAUCCCAGAGGACCAAAUAGACCCGGUGCUGGAGAGGGCGAUGCACAAGUGCGUGCUGAAGCCGCUGAAGGCCACGGUGGAGGCGGCGCUGCAGGACUUCGAGGUGCGGAGCGGCGGCUGGCGGCGGCUGCGGGAGAACCUGGCGCUGGCCCGGGCGCGGCGGCCCGAGGAGCUGGGCGUGGAGGGGGCCGUGCCGCCCGACGCCGCCGCCCUGGACAAGAUACGCCACAAGCUCCGCGCCAUGCGCAAGAUGUACUCGCCCGAGAAGAAGGUGCUGCUGCUGCUGCACGUCUGCAAGCUCAUCUACGGCGUCAUGCAGGACAACUCAGGGCGGAUGUUUGGAGCGGACGACUUCCUGCCCAUGCUGACGUACGUGCUGGCCCAGUGUGACAUGCCCCAGCUGGACACCGACAUCCAGUACAUGAUGGAGCUGCUGGACCCCGCCCUGCUGUACGGAGAAGGUGGGUACUACCUGACGAGUGCGUACAGUGCCAUGGCGCUGAUCAAGAACCUGCAGGAGGAGCAGGCGGCGCGCGCCCUCAGCUCCGAGGCCCAGAGCACCCUGCACCAGUGGCACCGCCGACGCACCACCCAGCGCUCCAUCCCCACCGUGGAGGACUUCCAGAACUACCUGCGGGUGGCGCUGCAGGAGGUGGGCAGCGGCUGCACGUCCAAGACGCUGCAGGUGCGCCCGUACGUCACCACCGAGGAGGUGUGCCAGCUGUGCGCGCUCAAGUUCCGCGUGGCCGAGCCCGAGGGCCACGCCCUCUUCCUGCUGACGGACGGCGCCAGCCAGCAGCUGGCGCCCGACACCCACCCGCAGCGCAUCAAGGCCGAGCUGCACAGCCGCCCGCGCGUCCAGGACUACCACUUCGUGUACCGCCGCGUGUCCACCCUCGACACCCUCGGCACCCUCGACACCCUCGGACACAGCCACGACCAGAACCACAACCAGACCCACGGCCUGACGCCCAACAACAACAACAACAACACCAACAACAACAACCCCAGCAGCAGCAGCAGCGGCGGUCACUGUAUCAGUAAUGGUCUCCCCAACUCUAGUUGAGAGAGACAACAAUUUGUCCCUCAACAACAACAACAACAACACCAAUGACAACAACAACGGCAGCAGUCACUGUAUCAGUAAUGGCCUCCCUUGAGAGAGACCUUGAGGGAAUUUGUCCAGUUAUGGAUUUGUUGACAGGGGAGGCACGGCCGCUUGUCUCAUGGUCAGCUGAUGUUUGAUCAUGUAUUGUGAUUACAAUGAGGUGUUCCUGCAGGGUCAGUCACUGCUUUAGUGUUUAAUGCCUAAUUUUGCUGACCCGAAGAGGGGUUGGAAAUAUCCUACAUCUCCCAGAAUGCACUUGGAGCCUGGAGCUGAUGCUGUACACCAUGGGUGCCUUUCAACAUGCCUCCUCGAUCCUCGAUGCUCGAUCCUCGAGGGGCGUUCCCACUAUCCCAUUGCCCCCCACCCCACACAAAUCAGAUGCUAUUCACAACAAGAGUUGUGUGGCUGUUUUCAUGAGGGAAUGAAGUCCUACAUUUCCCAGAGUUCACCCCCCAGUCUGGAUCUGAUUCCAUGCUACACAGCCAAGUUUGCUCUGGGAUUUGGCAGAAGAGAGGGUGGUGAGAGAGGGGUGGGGUGCAAAAAGAAUGACUUGUGUGUGCGUGCAAGCUUGAAAGCUAGUGUCAGAAGACGUCAUCUAACCUUCAAGCCAAGGACUGAUGGAUUUUAAUCUGUGCCUUUCGUUGUUAUAGGCUACUUCUGCCAAGGAGUGACUGAAUGUCUCAUUUUUUUCUCAACUGGAAUUUGUGCAGUGGUGCUCACAAACCGACCACAGGUUUGUCCUCCUUGGGUAGCCAUAGUUUUCUGUACAGCACCUCUGUGUAUGUAGUUUUAUGUGAUUUCACUGUUGCCUUUUUUUUGCCCAUGCAUCAACACCAAUGUAUGUGCCUGAGUUGUAAGAAAGUACCUUAUUAAUAACCUGCAUUUUGAGUCCAUCUCAUUGUACACAUUGUACAUAAAGAUAUAGAUAAUUGUAUUGUAUUGUUAUUUGUUAUUAUUAUAGAGAGAUUAUUUCACAGAGUAUAUUUUAAAUGUUCAGUCCCGGUUGCUGGUUAACUGUGGAUGACUAUAAUGUAGCCAUGUCUAUUCGCUGUACUGUACACAUUCGUGUACCAGUUACUAGUAAUUCACUUAUGCCAGUACAAUAAAUAAUAUGCUAACUGUUGAUUCUGCAGACAUAUGCUAUACUUGUACUUUUCAUUACUGUUUCAAAAAUGAUACAAGAGUUAUAUUUAAAAAAAAAAGUCAUGACAUUUAAAGGAGCAUGUGAUGGUCAUGAGGUGGUCACGCUGUUGUGGUGGGAAUAUGAACAUACUUAAGAGUGUUCUGAAGAGCGUGAUAACUGCAUUGUAAUCACUUGGCAGUUGGCAUCAUUAUAAACGUACAAGUGUAGUCCACGAUAGUGUGUAGGCCACAGUGCAUUGAGUGCAUUCAGAAAUCCUGGCUCUCUAAACGAGAAACAAACUUAGUGGAGUUGAGUCAAAGAGGGCCACUCAACAUGUUGGUUCAGGAGUACGGAAGGGAAGAGGUGGAAUUUAACUACGCUGAACUGAAAUACUGACAACCUUUCACCAGAAUGAUUAAGUCUUGGAUUAUGCCUUUACAGUAACAUGCAUGUCAGUGUCUGCCAAUGAAUACAAGGAGAGUGUGACACCUAGUGGACUUGAUCUGUUAUUGCACUCUUCAGAAAACUGCCAUGAGACCAAAAGUGCCUUCAGGCCUGUGUGGCGAGAUCAUGGGGCAUGUUACAAGUUUUUUUUAUCAGUUGCUUUGGUGCAGUUCUUAAAACAUCAUUAGUGUUUGUUCAUCAGUUAGUGUGUCAUUGAAACAAAUUGUACAAACUGCACUACACAAAGGAUUCUACAGUAUAUAAAAGUGCAUGAUUUGCUCCAAAAUGCUUAGUUUAGACCUUAUGUCUCAAAAAGGAAACAUUUAUAUCAAUGAAUAUGUCAGUGUCAUAGCAUAGUAAAACUAGAUAUGUGAAGGAUGUUUGAGAAUGUUUUGAUUUAUGAUAUUAUGUAAGCGAAGCUGCGUACCUGUGGAAGCAACGUAGCCUAUCACUGCAGGGCAGAAGUGGACACGCUGUUUGUGUCUGUCGACAAAGCUGUUUGUGAAGUGUUUGAAAAGGGAUGAAACAAAGAAUUGCGUAAAGUGCACAGAAACUGAUGUGUGUGUGUGUGGGUGUGUGAGAGAGAGAGAGAGAGAGUGAGAGAGAGAGUGUGUGCUGCCCCUCCCCACAUCAGUCUAUUAAACGCAUAUUGCACCUCAAAAGCAAAUUUGUUUUAGACUAGCCUAUACCUAAAGUAAGCCCAUGUUUUUGUACAAUUCAUCAGGAAUUCAGUUUGCAAAAGAAUUCAAUAUUUUUUACCAAAUGUAUUGAACUUAUUUGAACAAUGUCUGACUGUAAACACAUUCUGUAUUCCACUAGUCUCCUCAAUAGGGAGACCUUUCACUUUCUCUUAUUUUUCCAAAAUAAACUGAAAUUAA